GACGUCAUUGUGAUAAUUCGUUUCGUGAAGGCGGUUUCAUUUUAUGUGUCAUUUCAAGCAAAGUCGGGACUUGUAUUUACUAGUAUUAUUCACUAUAUUUAUUAUGUAAAAUUAACGCUAUUGCAAGUGAUUCUCGAAUUUCUACUGUGGCUCAAACACAAAAGGCGUCGGUAAAACCUAUAAACACCGGACAGACUGUUUGUUAAUAAAAUAUAAUUCGGACUAUCAGUUUCGUUUUUUUUUUUUGUUCGAAAGCAAAAGCAAUGCAAACAAGUGAUGAUGCCAAGUAUAUUCAAAAACGCUGGAAAGGUGGCUGUAUUGAGCCGCAUCCUACAGACAAGGCAUUAAUAGUUAACUAUCAGCUCGAGGCAACAGUGUAUGGAGAACCAGAUAAUCCCAUGGUUGAAGAGAAAAAGCAUUGCCAAAAAAUCAUACGCCUGCGAUCGCUGAAUUUCAAAACAGAUCCCACUACGCUGGCUCGGGAAGUAGUAGAUAAAUGUGAACUUAUACAUAAGUCACAACUAAAUGAAGUGGAGCAAAUUAUAUUUUAUCUAAAAAACCGUAAAGACAAUUCUAGUAAAGAUAAUCCGCGUACAAGUAAUCGUCAGUCAUCACAGGCAUCUCAUAUGAGGUCUUCAGCACGGCCAUAUAACAAUGGUGUGGCCAUAUCAAGUAACUCUAUAGGAUUGGGGUCUACUGAUAGCACAAAAAAACCCAUACCAACGGCGGAUGUGACCAUUAACAACAUUGACGACUAUGUUGAGUUGCUCUACGAAGAGCUGAUCGAGAGGGUUCGUGGUUCUGGUAUGAUAUUGCAGAUGGCUCGAAAUCCCGACAAUCUAGAAGAGUUAGAAAAAAAUGAGGCCUGCCUCAGUGCUUUAGCUCGUGUGCUUCGUGAAGAUUGGCGUAAAAGCUUGGAUUUGUCUACAAACAUAAUUUAUAUAUUCUUUUGCUUCUCAACGUAUACCAAAUUUCAUCCCCUAAUUGUGCAGUACAAGAUCGGAUCGUUAUGUAUGGAUGUCAUUGAUUUCGAGUUGCGUCGUUAUGAAACUAUGCGUAACGAAUUGGACGGCCGAAAGCAGUCAAACUGCUCCACAACUCUAUCGGAGGUUGUUGGUAAAGACAAGUUUAAUUGUAGUACGGACGACUCUUUGGAUAUUAUGAAAGAAGAAAAACCAAAAGACAUGGAGCCUCCUCGUCGGCGAAUACCAGAAUUAAAGCAGCGACCAAAGUCGGGUAAUUGGAGUAGCUUUCAUGGAACAAUGUCAUCUUCGCUUAUGAGAAAUCAAAUGCUGAACAACAGUUACCACGAAGCACUCUCUUCUGGAACUCAUACAAAUUCUAAUACAAAUACAUUAGAAACAAAUUCUCCGAUUGAGAUAAGAGCGCAAAGCAUCGAUUCAUUAGACCAAAAUGACCCAAAAAUUAAGAAAGAAGAAAUUGAUCGACUUAACAAACAACUUAAAAUAUUUGCCAAAAAGCAGGAACAGCUCCUUCGUGUUGCCUUUUACCUGCUGCUUAACAUGGCCGAGAAUGUAAAGCUUGAGGAAAAAAUGAGGAGAAAAAACAUUGUUAGAAUGCUCGUCAAAGGACUUGAUCGUCAAAACAUUGAUUUGCUCAUAUUAAUAAUCACGUUUCUUAAAAAACUGUCAAUUGUUGGCGAAAAUAAGGAUGAAAUGUGCGACUUAAAUAUUAUCGCAAAACUACCAAGGUUAUUUCAAAAUUCACAUACAGAUUUGGUGCAAGUUACUCUUAAGCUAGUAUUCAAUUUAUCGUUUGAUGCGACUCUACGCCUAAAAAUGGUUGCAGCUGGUUAUUUGCCUAUGCUAGUUAUGUUUAUCAACGACGAAAAUCAUCAUGGCAUUGCAGUUAAGAUACUGUAUCAUAUGAGCCUCGAUGAUAGGGUCAAGUCAAUGUUCAUUCACACGGAGUGUGUACAAAUGGCCAUAGAUGCUAUUAUAUUGAAUCUUAAUGUAAAAGUUGAUCUGGAUCUCAUUGCUCUUUGUAUAAAUUUGUCAUUGAACCGACGUAAUGCACAAAUUAUGGUUGAAGGUCAGCGUCUGCACAGUCUUAUGGAUCGUUCGUUCAAGUACCAGGAUGCUCUCUUGAUGAAACUAUUACGAAAUAUUUCACAGCAUGAAUCACUAAAACUUCAAUACAUAGACUAUGUAGGGGAUCUUGCACGUGUACUGACUAUCUGUGAAGAGGAAUCUUUCAUUGUAGAGUGUUUAGGCUUAUUAGGAAAUCUAACAUUAACUGACCUAGAUUAUUCGCAAAUACUCCAAAACUUUCAGCUAAUAUCUUGGAUACGAAAAGUAUUAAUACCCUGCGCAAGACUUGAUGAUAUUGUUCUUGAUACUAUAGUUUAUCUGGGAACAUGUGCAUGCGAUGAGCUUUGUGCUCUCCUUUUCUGUCGCGCGAAGGUUGUGAUUUCACUGAUUGAGCUUUUAAAGGCCAAGCAAGAAGAUGAUGAGAUUGUGCUACAAAUCAUUUUUGUGUUCCAACAGAUUUUGAGACACGAAAGUACAAGGGAGUAUAUGAUUAGGGAAACUGAGUCGCCUGCCUAUCUUAUAGAUCUUAUGCAUGACAAGAAUGAGGAAAUUAGAAAAGUAUGUGAUUAUUGUCUAGAUAUAAUUGCAAUUAGCGACAACGAGUGGGCAAAGCGUAUCAAGCUAGAAAAGUUCCGAAAUCACAACUCCCAGUGGCUUUGUAUGGUAGAGUCGCAGCAGGAACGUGAUAAUGAACAGGAUUACACAGAAAAUAAUGAUAAUGAUAAUGACUUGAACACGUUUAUGCGAUCAGAGUACUUACAAAAUUGCGAUUUCUACAACAGCUCGAAUAUCAACGAGUACGACAUCGAUAGUAACAGCAUCAAUAGCAACCAUUUAGAAGGUUCCUUAAAUUCAAUUUAUAGCAGGCCUGUGAGCACAUUUCGUCUUAGCCAGGAUCUGGACGAUAUGUAUAAUAUAACUUCCAGCUCCAAAUCUCAAAGUUUCAAUCAGGGCUGUAAUGAUAACAUUUAUAUGUUUAAGUCGAACAAGUCAUUAGAUGCUGACGGCUUGAAUGAUAAGCUUAUAUAGUAAAAAAUAAGACUAUUCACAGCGUUGAGUAUGUAAACUUCGUAAUUACAAAAAUGUUAUAAUUUUACAGCGUCUAUAUGCAGAUGUUAUAUUGUACUAUGUCUACAUAUGUUAACAUACUUGCUGUCAUACAUAUAAAUUAUUCACUUAGAGCGUUUUAAUCAAAUGUGUUUAGUAUUUAUUUUUAAAUGAUAUAUUAUUUUUAUUGUGAUUUGUGAUUAAACGUUUCUAGUCCUGGCAUUCAACCAAAAA